CUAACCGUUUACGGUUAUUAAAAAUACACAUUUAUACCGUCUGUUAAGUGUACAUAUCCAAAUAUUUGUAGUUAGAUGAAGAAAACUACCGAGAAGAAUUUAUAUCAGUCAUUUAAGACCACGUAAUGCGUAAAAGUUGCGAGUUAAGAUUUUAGUAACGUUAGCAGUUAACGUACACUGAAUCGCGCGUCUCGGCGUUUUAAAACAUAACGGAAUGUUGAUUUUUUUAAAUGAUAAUACGCUUUAAUUGACGACUUCGGAGUGAGUAAAGUAGUUACUCCAUAAUCCAGCAUACUCAGUCCACAUCUGAUGUAUGUGCAGUAAUAUAUGAAUAGGCCCUUCGUUUCAGAGCAGCUUUGAAUGGGCGGAACUGAGCCAGCGCCGCUGAAUGCUUAGAGCACCGCGGCGCUGCUGACAGCAGCUCGACACCGAAUGCACUCUGCUCGAGGAGGAACACGCCGACAUCGAUCAUGCGGGAGAUCAGGAGUUUGCCUUUCCAAAUAUCCGAGGUAUGAGCCAUUGCACCAUCCCUGAGCGUCGGCAGAAGCCUGAGAAGGACGCAAGGGUGUGCACUGUGUUCUAAGAACAAGCGAGUGGAUAUCCAGACAUCGGAGAACGACGAGCAACAACGUGAAUUAUGUCUUACUAUAACAGAGAACUGGUGGUAUUUUUUAUUAAAUAUAAACUCUCACAGAGGAACUACCCGUACAAUCACAUUGAAUUUACAGAAGACACACAUCGGACUGAUGCGGUGGAAGGGAAUGAUGAUGAGGAGGCAGCAGGAACAACGACCCUCGUUAAUGGCUCCCUGAACGGAACAAGUACUGGUUCCACUGGGACCCCACCAAGGUCCCCCACUUCAGCCCCCCAGCGUCAGACGAACGGGACUGGGGGUCUUGAUGCAGUAAAGGAGGCGCUUCGCGAUUCUGCCAACGAAUUUGAGCUGCGUUAUUCCCAAGCAUUCAACGACCUGUCCUCGCAGCUCCACAUCACGCCUGCCACAGCGUACCAGAGCUUCGAGAGCGUGAUGGAUGAGGUGUUCCGCGACGGCGUCAACUGGGGCCGCAUCGUGGGACUGUUUGCCUUCGGAGGGGCUCUGUGUGUUGAGUGCGUGGAGAAGGAGAUGAGCCCGCUAGUGGGAAGCAUCGCGCAUUGGAUGACCGUCUACCUAGACAACAAAAUUCAGCCCUGGAUCCAGAGCCAAGGAGGAUGGGAACGCUUCGCGGAGAUCUUUGGAAAAGAUGCAGCGGCAGAGAGCAGAAAAUCGCAAGAAAACUUCAAGAAGUGGUUGCUGGCUGGAAUGACCUUGCUCACGGGUGUCGUGGUCGGGUCACUCAUUGCACAGAAACGCCUGUGAGGAUCAGGAUAACUGAAGAUCCAAAUACACCCACUGCUUCACUUAGACCUCCUGCUAACAUGAAGGAACUUAAAAAAUACAUUUGUUUCGGAUUUAUUUGUUUCCCUUUCAUUGCCAAGAAAUUUCAUGUUUACAUCCCACAUCCCACCAUAUACUGUUGACUGAGUGGAGCGCAUCUGUGAUGUGAUAUCACAUGAUCCCAGACUACAUGAGGGUGUUUUGAUUUUUAGCUGACUAGGAUCAAGCUGACCCAUGUCACCUUAAACCCUGUUUAACUAAAUGAGAAAAAUGACUAAAAAAAAGUCUAGGAAAAAUGACUAAAAAAGAAGAACGUUUGACCAAACCUUCAUUCUUUGUGUCUGUAAUAAUUAUUUUCUUGUUGUUAUAAUUAUUUUCAGCUUUAUCGUCAGUCUUUUUAAGUAUCCUUAUUAUUCUCUCAUUUUCAAAGAGACUGGCAAAACGGACAAGGAUACAAACAUUUUAUCUUUGAAUCUAAUUUAAGCCUGUUCGUGAUUCUUGAGUUAAUGAUCCAAUGAAAGAGAAGUAGUUGAAUCCGAACUGAAUCUGAAGUAUUCAGUCAUUAAACCAGCACUGACAUUAAGGAAAGUUGUUGCUGUCUGCAGUGCCAGAUAUCAGCUUGAGAACAGAGAGGCACCUUUUUGGGCCCAGCACUACAUUUGAGGGCCUGCUUCCUCUGUGAUCUCUCUAUCAUUAGAGGACAGUGUGGAAAACAGAUGAAACGUGUCUCUGUGUGUGUGUGUGUUUUCCCUCAAUUAUUGUUCUGUUCUUUUUUUCCAAUGCAAAUUUAAUGAGGGUUAAAAGUGUGUGACUUCCUGCAUGUACAAGAUUGAAAUCCUCUGGAGAAUCUAAAUUAAAGGACCAACAGUUAUGAGAAAUUGUUUUGUUGUGAAAGCAAGUUCUGUCUGUUCAUUGCAGUUUGAUGUUUGAUUCAUUAAACCUAACUUCAGCUUCA